AUGUACAAAAGAAACCUAUAUUAGCAACUCAGAUUAAUGAUAAAACCUCCUUAUUAUAUAAUUUAAAUAACAUAAGCAUUAACCACAUUGCUAAAUGGAAUCAUUACAACAUCUAAAAAUGAUAAAAUCAAUUUUGAUUGGUAGUAUAUUAAAGAAUGCUUGAAAAAUACAAAUGAGAUUUUAUCAAUAGUUAAUGAUCAUGAUGCUUUCUAGAAGAAAUGUAUUUUCAAAAAUUAUGAAAACUCUCGUGAAAUUUUAAACUCCAUUUCACCAUUAGACAACUCAUCUAAUAAUGAAACAUUUUAGAUAAUUAAGGAAACUUUAGAUAGACUAUAUUUAAUAAUGAAGGACUCAAAAAUUUAAUAGGAAAAAAUAUAAAUUUCUAAAGAAAAUGAAAAGGUUUCAUCAAAAUAGUUUUCUGGUUCAAAUUUUAGAAAAUAAUUAUCUUAAAGAUCAACUUCAUUUGUUUAGAAAUAUCAUAUCAAUGAAAAGAAUAAUUUAUCUCGACCAAAAAGUUAAUAAACAAAUUAUAGCAUCAGCAGCAGAUCCUCAUCAAAUAAAAAAGAUUCUAAAAUUAUUGUUUAAUUAACAGAAACCAAAAAUGUAUAUUAUUAAUAAUGUUAGUAAUCAAGAUUAAAUAAGAUAUUAAAUCUAAAAACAAGCUUCCCCAACAAUAGAUCAAAUGUUAAGUAAUUUAUAAAUAACAAAUAUUCAUAUAAUAACUCUAGUCGUUCAAAUAGUAAAGAGUCGAUUUAAAGAUCAGGAAAUGAUAAGAAUCAAUCAUUAAUUAAAAGAAUAAAAUUAUAAGAUUACCAGAUGAAAUGGGAGUUAGAUAGAGAUGGAAAAUCAAAAAAUCAUGAAGUAUUGAAAAAAUCUGAUCAGAAAAAAUAUUAUUAAUAGAUAAUUAAUAAUAAUAUUAAUCAAAAUAAACAGUAAUUAAAAUCAAAUACUAAAGCAGUAAAUUAGAAUAAUGAAAACUCAAUAAAAAAAAUCUUGAAAACAAGUCAUUGUUAUCAAAAAUCCCAACUUUUUAUAGCAUGA